UAGAAUUUUCGCUCGGGACAGGACAGGGAUCAGAUCUUAUAACAGUGGCUGCAGGAGGACAAGGGUAGAAUCUGUGUUUAUGGUGGAAAACCUGGAAAGAUAGCUCAACUAGGAUCUGUGGUGUGCUCAGGAGGACUUGCAGCACCAGAACAAGCAGGGAAGAUGAAUGCAGACCAGGAGGUGAAAUGGGCAACGGAACUGAUUGAACAGAAGUUGGCUCUAGAGGAAGAGCAAAAGAAACAAUGCUCCUGCCCCCCUGAACUGCCCCCAGCAGUGGCACGAAUGGACACCCCACUUCUGGAAGAUGAGAAGAGACAUGGACUUAUCAACAAAGGCCUGGAGGGGCUUAAGGGACAAGAAAGGGUGCGGAAGAGUUCUGUGGACCUGAGGCGGGAAAUCAUUGAAGUUGGCGGCACCCAAUACCUCUUUGAGCUACGCAAAAAGCCCAGAAAGAAGAAGGAGGAGAAGAAACCAGAGCCUGAGCCAGAGGAGAUUAAAGGACCCAUCACAGAAGAGGAUUUCUUGAAAGCUGCAGUGCAAGGCAAGGUGCACGUGGUAGACAAGUUUCUGGAAGAUGGGGGGUCCCCCGACACCUGUGAUGAGUUCCGCAGGACAGCUUUGCACCGUGUCUCCCUUGAGGGAUACAUAGAGAUUGCAGAGAAACUUUUGGCCCGAGGUGCCACUGUUGACUUCAGAGAUCGACUGGACGCCACCGCCAUGCACUGGGCUUGCCGUGGCGGACAUCUGGAUGUGGUGAAGCUGUUGCAGGAGAAGGGAGCCAAUCUGAAUGUCAAGGACAAGCUUCUCAGCACCCCUCUCCAUGUGGCCACCCGCACUGGCAUGAUUGACAUUGUGGAGCACUUGCUAAACAAUGGAGUGGAUAUCAGUUCCCUUGACCGGGAGGGGGAGAGUGCCCUGCAUGAUGCUGUGCGCCUCAAUCGCUACAAGAUCAUCAAGCUGUUGAUUCUGCAUGGGGCAGACAUGAUGGCCAAAAACUUGGCUGGAAAGACACCUACAGAUCUGGUGCAGUUAUGGCAGGCAGACACAAGAGAAGUGCUGAAGAAGCAAGAACCAGACACAACAGAGAUGCCAGUAUGAGGCACAGAUGAACAGAAAAGACACAUGAAAGUCAAUAAAGCUUCCAAGCAGAGUGGAAAGCCCA